AUGGCAGAGCAGCAGAAGUCAAAUCCAGUGUGGCAGUAUUUCACAGAGCCUACUCCAGGAAAGGCUCGCUGUACCAUUUGCCACCAGUUGGUGAGCAUGGGGGCUGAAAAGGCAAAGACGAAAAAUACUUCAAAUAUGUGGAGCCACAUGAAACAUCACCACCUCGAGGCCUAUAGAGAAGCACAAAAAGAAAAGAAUGAUAGAGCAGCAGCUUGUACUUCUGCAGCCAGUUCAACACAGCCUACUAUUGUGCAAAUGUACGAUGCCCAAAGGAAAUGGCCUAAUUUUGAAACCAGGUCCAAAAAAGUUGACCUUGCCAUAGUUGUAUUAAUUGCCACAGACAAUCAGCCAUUCACAGUUGUCUCUGGUGUUGGUUUUAAAAGGUUGGUGGCAUUGCUGGAGCCCAGAUACUCCCUCAAAACAGAAAAGUACUAUCGUACCGACCUCUUUGAUGGUGUUCACACAAAAGUAGAAGACACAAUCAAAGAGCUGGUCACGUUAGAAAAUGCAGGCCCCUAUUUGUCAUUUACAACAGAUUGUUGGUUUGGGGAGACAGAAUCCCUAAUGAGCUUGACCUCUCAUUUUAUUGACAGUGACUGGGAAAGGAAACAAAUUGUCCUCAAUGUCAAAGCCAUGUAUGGCUCUCACACAGGUGAAUAUAUAAGCGAGAUGUUCCUCAGUCUGCUGAGGCAUUGGGACAUUGACACAGACAGAGUCGUGCUUGUGCUUCGUGAUAGCGGCGCCAAUAUGAUUAAAGGGAUGAGGCUCUCCACAAUACCCGAUCUCAGCUGCAGUGCUCACACACUUCAGCUGGUGGUGAAUGAUGGGAUCAACAGCCAGCAAGCAGUGGUGGACAUUGUUGCAAAAUUAAAGUCUUCUGCUACCCAUUUUAACCAUUUGGUACAGGCCAAACAGUGUUUGAAGGACAUCCAAAAAGAUCUUGACCUCCCCCAGCACAAAAUCCAGUCGGUGCCAACACGCUUGAACUCUACUCUUCACAUGUUGGAGAGCAUGCUGGAGCAGAAGCGGGCACUUACUGUAUAUGCAGGGGAACAUGGAAAGAUAUCAGUCUUACCAACAGAUCAGUGGACUCUUGUGGGCAAUUUGAUUGCCACACUGAGCCCGCUUGAACAGGUAACACUGGAAAUGAGCAGAUCAAACUUAUCAAUAUAUUGCAUAAUUCCCAGCAUCACCGUCCUGAAAAUGCAACUUGAAAUCGAGACUAGUGCAACAGCAAGGGGCAUCAAAACAUUCCGCGACACUAUGCUGGGCAGUUUAAAGGAAAGGUGCUUCCCCAGGGGCUUUACCGGUAAGAAAAGCUCCUACCCCAACUCCGCGGGCAUCAAGCUCAAGCUUGAAGGGUAA